CUGCGAGCGUUCAAGUCGUUGACGUUUUUUACCGGCGGUUGUUCAACGUUCCCUGCUCACCGUUCACCGAUCAGCGAUCGCCGAUCACCACGUUCCAGUCCGGGCCCAAGAAUCUUAACUUGCACCUCGGACCGCCGCAAGUCCGUGUAGCCGCCGAUCCCAGUUUAACAACUGCAAGGCGGUCAGCUCUUGACUUUCCAGCUCCCUAAACCCCAACAGCGAAUACGUCAACAUGAACGGCCCCAAACACAAGUUUUGCACAAAACUCUCCAGCACUUAUCUAAGAAAAUGGUGGAUUACGAUCGUCGUGGCGUCGGCGCUGAUAAUUGGCGGAAUCGUAGUGGCCUGUGAAUUCUCCGUGCUGAUCGAUGCAGUCGUGGACCGCAUGGUGGCCCUGCGUCCCGGCGCCAAGACCUUCGGCUGGUGGGCCAAGCCCCCGGUGGAGCCCCGAAUCAGCCUGUACAUCUACAAUGUCACCAACGCGGACGACUUCCUCAGCAACGGCUCCAAGGCCAUUGUCGAUGAGGUAGGCCCCUACGUUUACAGCGAGACCUGGGAAAAGGUAAACAUCGUGGAGAAUGACAAUGGCACGCUGAGCUACAAUCUGCGCAAGAUCUACUCGUUCCGCGAAGAUCUCUCGGUGGGGCCCGAAGACGACGUGGUUAUUGUGCCCAACAUUCCCAUGCUGAGUGCCACCUCGCAAAGUAAGCACGCUGCCCGAUUCCUGCGUCUAGCCAUGGCCAGCAUCAUGGACAUUCUGAAGAUCAAGCCGUUCGUGCAGGUUUCCGUGGGCCAGCUGCUCUGGGGCUACGAGGACCCGCUGCUUAAGCUGGCCAAGGAUGUGGUGCCCAAGGAGCAGAAGCUGCCCUACGAGGAGUUUGGCCUGCUGUAUGGCAAGAACGGCACCUCCUCCGACCGCGUCACCGUGAACACGGGGGUGGACGACAUUAGGCAGUACGGCAUCAUCGACAACUUCAACGGGCGCACCCAUCUGCCGCACUGGACCACCGACGCGUGCAACACCCUGGCGGGAACCGAUGGCUCCAUCUUCCCCCCGCACAUCGACCACGACCGCAUACUGCAUGUGUACGACAAGGAUCUGUGCCGCCUGUUGCCUUUGGUGUUCGAGAAGGAGGUGAUGACUUCGAACGAGGUUCCCGGAUACCGCUUCACCCCGCCCGAGUGGGUCUUCGCCGACGUCGACAGCCAUCCGGACAACAUGUGCUUCUGCCCCGCGGGCAAGCCCUCGUGCUCCCCCAACGGACUCUUCAACGUCUCCCUGUGUCAAUACGAUUCCCCUAUCAUGCUGAGUUUCCCGCAUUUCUACCUGGCCGACGAAAGCCUACGGACGCAAGUGGAGGGCAUUUCUCCGCCAAUGAAGGAAAAGCACCAGUUCUUCUUCGAUGUCCAGCCUAAAAUGGGAACCACCCUGCGAGUGCGCGCCCGUAUCCAGAUCAAUCUGGCCGUCAGCCAGGUGUUUGACAUCAAGCAGGUCGCUAACUUCCCGGACAUCAUUUUCCCCAUCCUGUGGUUUGAGGAGGGAAUCGACAACCUGCCCGACGAGGUCACCGACCUCAUGCGCUUCGCCGAGCAGGUGCCGCCCAAGAUCCGCGUGGCGCUGAUCGUUGGCCUGUGCGCACUGGGCGUGAUCCUCCUGCUGCUUUCGACCUUCUGUCUGAUCCGCAACUCACACCGACAGAGCACCCUGCACCUGGAGGGCUCCAACUACCUGGCCACCGCUCAGGUGGACAUGAACAAGAAGCAGAACAAGGAUAACCAACCCGCCAGAUACUAGGCGCUCUAGUCGGAGUCUGGUUGCAGUCCGAGGGUCUCUGGGUGUCUUAGUUUAGUGUAGGCCUUAGCUAGGAACUGGGACUAGCCCACCUUACUUCCACUUCCCAAUCCCCGAUCCCCAAUCUCCAAUUCCCAAAACCCACUCCCUUUUCCAAUCCCAUUCCCGAAAGCGAAUGUGCGUCUCUGUAGAUUAGAAGAAAUGGAGCUGGGAAGACUUGUAUGUAUAUGUAUGUGUAUCUAUAUCUAUUGUAUUGUAUGUAGGUUAUCGUUGUAAGUAAGCGUUAUGAAAAUUUUGAUUUGUAGUCUUACAAAACAGUCGUGAUCGCUUAAGGGCUCAAAGCUUCGACUAAGACUUCGAUUUGUUAUACCAAAACAGAAGCCGAUCCCGUACUUGUUUUCUAUUACCCUGUUGAAAUUGAAAUUGAAUGUCCAGAUUGAUUCACAAAACUCGAAACGUUUCUCAAAUAAAACAAAGUUCCAUCCUCGAAUACAAAUGUGCUUCAUUAGACCAAAUGCUGGACAAGGUCCGCAUAGGAAAUUUGUAUACUAUAAGUACAUAAUUCUAUCGAUCGAAUGUACAAUUUAUAUGCAUUAAUGUGUACAAUAAACUACGAUAUUAUUUUAAUUAGAAA